AGAAGUAAAAUGUUAGAAGAAGAAAAUGUACUAUUAUCCAGCCAACUUAAAGAGUUACAAGAAUUAGAUACAAAAAAAGCUGCUGAGAUUUGUGCUUUAAAAGAUGAUAUAUCAGGAAUGCAAUGUAUAAUUGAUCAAAAAUGUGCAGAGGUAAAACCAUCUACUAGUACUGGCCCUGAUAAGCUUGCCAUUGAACCUCCUACAGCUAACAUUAAACCUUUAAUACCUACAGUUAAUAAGCCACAAACUGUACACCAGUCUGUUACAGUUAACCCAUGGCGAUCUGCAGCUGCAGAAACACCAUUGGCUAGUAUAAAGCCAAUGACAAUGCAACCUAGAAGCGUGGUAGUAUUACCUACUAGUCAAAUGUCGUCCACGUCAAGCCAAAGUUCAAUGAGUGGAACUAGUAGUAGUACAACUAUUACUGUUCAUAUACAACAGCCACAGUUUGUUGAUAUCAGUAGCAGUGGAGGUAAUGCUUUAGACUCUUCAGAAGCUAAUAGCACAGCACAAAGCUGUCAUUUAACAAGCAGUACUUUAGUACAACAUGUUGAAGGUUCUGAAUCAACACCAACAGUUUCUGAUUCUAACGAAACUACUGCCGCUACUCCCCCAUCAAUCUUACCACUUCAGCAGGUGAUAGGAAGUGCAGCAGCUCCAAGCGUUACAGCUGCACAAGCAAGUCCUGCCAUCAGUAUAGCUUUGGUGGUACCGCAAGGCAGGGAGCAAGUACAAACAACUGUGUCACAACCAACUACUGUAUCUGCGUCAACAGUAUCACCUUCACAAAGUCAAAUAGACAGAUACAGUGUGCAAAAUGAAAAUGGUCAGACGAUGGAAAAUAGUAACAGAAAUAUUGCUAGUAGUUCUUCAGCUCCAGGUCCUUCAACAGAAUCAGAACCAUCUGUUGUCACAGCUUGUACUAGUGGACCUAGCUGUUCCUCUCUGGACACUACAACACAUUCUAACAGCUCUCAAAAAAAACGAAAAGCUGAUCUCCUUGUGACUUCAUAUAUGAAGAGAUCUAAAUCUUUUAUGCCUAGAGAAGAAAACCGUAGAGAAAUGGAAUAUGAAGCACCAACAUCCUCUCAAAGAGAUUCAGAAGUUAGCAAUUCGUAUACUGGUCCAGAGAGUAAUCCACAAGAUAAUAAUAAAGAAGUUGAAGCAAGUACAGAUAUGGAGGUGACAAGCGAGGCAACAGAUGAAAAUAAUGAAGUUGACCUAACAAGCCAAGGAUGUACUGCUGACACUAAUAAUAUGAAUGAAACCAAUGAUAUACGAAAUGAAGAAACGGAACAAAGAGAAAAUACACCAGAAUAUUCAUCAAAUGCUGAAGCCACUGCUAUGGCUAUUGUUGAAGAAGACUCGCCAGAACUUAUUCAUUUUCAAGAAUUUCAAAACACACCUGUUUCUUUGGCGAGUUGUGAAGAAACUAAGAAUACUGAUAAUGUAACUUCAGAUGCAGAAUCAAGACAGAAUGAAAGUGAUUCAACUCCAAUUGAACCUCGAGCCGGACCCUCAAGCGAUGGUUCGGACACAGUUGGAGUUUCCCAUUCAACUGAAACUGCAGAAACAGACACACUUGAUUUGGAACAAGAAACAGUUGAAAUUUUAUCAUCUGAAAAUGAAGAAGACACCAUUGAUAUCAAAUCAAUUCAUGAUAUUGAUGAAACUCAAAAUUAUGAUAUACCUGAUCAAGAUCAUGAUCAGGAAAUAAUUUCAGUGUCCUCUUCGCCCAGUAAAGAAAAUGAAGCUUUCCGUGAGGAAUCUCCUGUUGCUGGACCGAGUGGUGUAACUAGUGAUUCAUCAGCAAAUUAA